CACCGAUUUAAUUGUCAUCUCCAAUUCUGAUUCUCCAAAGACCCAUCCCUUCUCGACUCCGUCAGUUGUGGCUCAGCGCUUCCAAAAAUUUGUACGCCAUGUCGUCCUCUAGGCUUCGAUUGCUCACAACAGAAUCCCCAAUCGUUUCUCAAUUCCCCAAAGCUUUGAUCUCCUCUCCUUCUCACAAUUUCUGUUUCUUUCGAUCCAUUUCCUUCCAAAGGAUUACCUCCAAAUCGCCGUCGUCACUCUCCUUGUCGGCCUCCGCCUCCUCCUCCAAGCCUCUGCAACCCGUGGAAGAACUCCCUCCUAAGCUUCAAGAAAUAGUCAAGCUCUUUCAAUCAGUUCAGGAUUCGAGGGCCAAAUACGAGCAGCUUCUGUUCUAUGGCAAAAAGCUCGAACCCCUCGACCCCCAGUUCAAGAACAAGUCUAAUAAGGUCGAGGGUUGCGUUUCUCAGGUCUGGGUUAGGGCUUAUUUGGAUUCGAAUAAGAAUGUUGUGUAUGAGGCCGAUUCGGACUCUGCUCUAACCAAGGGCCUUGCCGCUCUCCUCGUUCAAGGACUCUCUAAUCGCCCUGUGGAGGAGGUUAUUAGGGUUUCUCCUGAUUUUGUUGUUCUUCUUGGUCUUCAACAGAGCCUCACGCCUUCUAGAAAUAAUGGGUUUUUGAAUAUGUUGAGAUUGAUGCAGAGGAAGGCGCUUGGGUUACUUGUGGAAUCAGAAAAAGGUAAUGGCAGUGCGAUUUCAUCGUCGCAAAUAGAUGAUGCUGCGGAAAAAGUAGAAUCAGUUUCCAAAACUGAUGCUGAGAAACCAAAUGGGGAAUCGAAGUUGGGAGAUAAAGGAAGUGAUAACUCUGGUGCAUUGGGAAGUAGAGGGAAGAGAAUUAAGGAGAAACUGGAGAAAGAGCUUAAUCCAGUGGAAUUGAAUGUGGAAGAUAUCUCGUACCAGCAUGCAGGGCAUGCUGGGGUAAGGGGUAGCGAUGGAGAGACGCACUUUAACUUGAAGGUUGUGUCAAAGGAGUUUGAAGGGAAAAGCUUAGUGAAAAGGCAUAGGCUCAUUUAUAAUCUGUUGCAAGAAGAGUUGCAGAGUGGACUGCACGCCUUGUCCAUCUCGGCCAAGACACCUGAUGAACUCUGAAGCCCCAAUGGAGAAAGGUUCAUCAUCAUAACUCACUUGAAACAUGUUUUCCUUCAUUUAUUUUCUGUAUUCUAUCUCUAUUUCUAUUUAGUGGAUGAGGAAGAGGAACUUCUGUGAUUUCUGAGGAGUGUUUAUGAUGUUAUAGUUAUUACAAUUUGAGGCUUAGAAGUUGAAGUUUUGCUGUCAUUGGUUCUGCAAACAAUUCUUGUUCUAUGAUAGGAAAAUAAGGAAAAAGGUAAGGAGGAGGGCGUUUUAUAAGAUGAGAAUCAGCACUUGUACUUUAUUACAUUCA